AUGGCGCCCCCCUUCCAGCAACCACCAGUGCAACCAAGAUGGCCCUUAGCAAUCCGGAAUGAGACCAUCACGACAGCCGAGCCAGAGACGAUCAUCACAGUCCGCAACAGCCCCGAGCCAUGGCAUCCGCUCGACUACACCGUCACCCACGAGAACGGAGCAACCCUCUUCACAGUCAACGGCAAUCCAUGGGGUCUUGCGCAGCGCCGCAUCUUCCGCGAUGCAUCAGGUCUCCCUCUAUUCGAACUACGGGGUCGGUGGUAUGACUCGUCUACGCUCGAGCUCAAGCUCCCCGGCGGUGCAGCAACCAGUGAAACCUUACUAUCUGCAAAAUGUCGCGUAGCAGUCCAAGCGCCUAGGGCUGUGCUCCGGUUCCGCAAUUCAUGCGUGCCGCUAAAUGCGAGACCCACGCAGAAGCAUAAGAACAAGAAGUCGGUAUUAGAUACCCUUAUGCGGCCGUCGACCGUCGACCCUGAAACCGUCCAUCGAGAAGUCAUGGAGAUUUACUCGAUGGACGUGGAUAAUUUUGCCCAGGUUGCCGUUGUAGAUGGUCAGCGGGUUGCGAAUAUUGACCGAGUCACGGAUCCGGGGGAGUUGGCGCAAGGCCAGAAACCGCCGUUUCGGUUUCGGCCUAUGUGGAGGGUUAGAGUUGCGAGGGGGGUGGACUUAGCUCUAAUGGCAGUUGCGGUGGUAAUUGUUGGGCAGCAGGCUGCUGGCGACGGCCUGGUGGACCAGUGA